UACGAUUCUCUCCUCUCUUCCCAAACCCUUCCUGCUCGCAUCGCCGCCGCCGUCGGGAGCUCGGUGGGUUAGUUCGAUGGCGGCCAUGGCGGAGGAGGGGACGCAGCAGCUGCCGUUCGUGAGGGAGACGGUGCUGAAGAAGCGGAAGGUGAACGAGGACUGGGCCAUCAAGAACAGGGAGCGCAAGGCGGCGAAGCGGCAGCGCCGCCGCGACGACGGCAAGGGCGCCAUCAAGCGGCCCGAGGAGUUCGUCAGGGAGUUCCGCAACAAGGAGCUCGACUUCCUGCGGAUGCGCACGCGACUCAAGGCCCGCAGGCUCCGCCCGGCCGAGAACCUCGACGGCGCCCAGCUCCUCUUCGCCAUCCGCAUCCCCGGCACUAAAGAAUUGCACCCGCACAUCAGGAAGAUUUUGGCGAGGCUGCGGCUGACGCAGGUGCUGACCGGCGUGUUCCUCAGGGCCAGCGAGGUGAAUUUGAAGAGGCUUGCUGCUGUUGGACCCUUUGUCACCUAUGGGUUCCCAAAUUUUAAGAAUGUUAAGGAGCUGAUUUACAAGAAGGGCCGCGGGUUUUUCGACAAGGAGCCUUUCCCUCUUACCAGCAACGAUCUAAUUGAGAAGGCUCUUGGAGAGCAUGGCAUCAUAUGUCUAGAAGACAUCGUGCACCAGAUCACAGCAGUCGGACCUCACUUCAGAGAAGCUUCGAGGUUCCUCAUGCCUUUCAAGCUCAAGUGCCCGGAGAGAAGGCUGAUGAUGAAGAAGAAACCGUUCAAGGACGGCGGCGACUCGGGCAACCGCGGGGACAAGAUCAACGAGCUCAUCGAGAAGCUGAACUGAGGAGGCAGCCUCUCCACUUUUGUGCCAUCCCUGACAGAUCGAUGGAUCCGUUGCUUAUGAGUUUUGUAAUACUAGCAUAGCUGAAUGUAAACCUUUGUUUCCGAAACCGUAUUCAAGAGUUCAGGACGAUCAGAUCACGAAAUUGUGGCAACUGUUUUCGCCACCGCGCCUCAGUGAGCUUCGUCGUGCCUUCGCUGUGAAAGCAGGUGCUGUUUACUAUUAUGUUUUGCUUGCACUGGCAGACUGGCUUGAGAAGUUCAAGCUGGAGAUGUGAAGUUCGAUGAUAUUGCAACCAAAAUGAUCUCA